AUGCUCAGGAAUCUCCCGCCUUCAGCGCGAUCGCCCAUCAUCCGCAUCGCCAAUGGCACAUUCUAUCGGCAUCAUCCCAAUUCGCAGUCACCGCAUGCCAAUCCAGCCCUGUUCAAAGACCUCCAGUUUGAGCUGCCCUCGUCAACAUCACAGCCGCACAACUGGUGCAUCGUGGGACCUUCGCUCUCCGGAAAGACGACCUUCCUGCAGGCACUGAGGGGAAGAUUGCUAUGCGAGCCUCCCACAGCGAGGUCGUAUCCGUAUCUGUCGUCGGAUGCUGUAUCGUCCAGGCUGAGGACUCCCAACAAGGCGAUUCAGUAUGUGGGAUUCGACGCCGAGCAGGGGGCGGGAGGCUUGAGCGGUGCGGUAACGACAUCGGCGUAUCUUUCUGCGCGGUACGAGUCUCGUAGGGAGAUUACUGACUUCUCGCUGAGAGACUUCUUGCUGGGCAACACUGAGCUGAACCCUGCUAAGACACCGUCCCAGGAGAGCGAAGCAGAAGGAGGAAUAUCGGCCGAGCUGCUGAAGCGUGUUGUCAAGGAUCUCAGACUGGAGCAUUUGCUGGACCUACCUGUGACGUUUCUGAGCAAUGGCCAAGGCAGAAGGGCAAGAAUAGCCCGUGCAUUGCUGACGAGGCCCGAGGUCUUGCUUUUAGAUGAGCCUUUCAUGGGGCUUGAUCCUCCGACGGUUACGGGGCUCAGUCCUUUACUGGAGUCUCUUGCUGAAAAGGCAAACCCGCGGCUGGUAUUGAGCGCGAGGCCCCAGGAUCCUCUACCAGAAUGGAUUACGCAUCUGGUGUACUUGAGGAUGGAUUGCCAAGUAGAGUCAAUGGGGCCCAAGGAGGUGGUGCUGGAUGGCUUGAAAAAGUACGUUCACGGUGUGAGGAUUGGUGGACUGGCGGAGGAUGAGAAACUGCCUGUCCACACCCUGGCUGAUAUCGGACGAGUUCUGUCGAAAGACUCUUUGACAACUCACGCCUCCUCAUCGGCAUCUUUCCAUGUACAGAAACCUGUCAAUCCCAAUGCCGAACCUCUGGUUGAGAUGGACGGAUGCCAGGUCCGCUACGGUGACAAGAUUGCUCUUGGAAACUGGUCGCAGAAGACACCUCAAGGUGAUAAAGCAGGCUUGAUUUGGACUGUUCGACGAGGCGAGCGCUGGGGCGUGUUUGGGCCCAACGGCUCAGGGAAGACGACAAUUGUCUCCCUCCUCGGAUCAGAUCACCCGCAGACUUACUCUCUGCCCAUCAAGCUCUUUGGGCGCAGCCGUCUCCCCGAGCCAGGCUCCGGACAGCUGCCGCUCACGUUUUGGGAUAUCCAGUCUCGCAUCGGCCAUUCCAGCCCGGAAGUUCACCAGCACAUGCCGAGGAGCCACACAAUCAGACAAGUGAUUGAAAACGCCUGGGCAGAGACUUUUGGCGCAAAACCAAAGCUGAACGCCGAGGCGACGGCGAAGGUCGAAGCCGCGCUCAAGUGGUUUGAGCCGGAGCUGAAGCCCAACAGCGCCGCUGGCAGCGAGGGCCUGAAAUGGGCCGACGAUUACAUGUUUGGCGAGAUUUCGUUUAGUGCGCAGCGCGUGGCGCUGUUUGUGCGAUCCAUGAUCAAGGGGCCUGAUAUUGUUGUCUUGGAUGAGUCGUUUAGCGGCAUGGACGACGCUGUCCGGGAUAAAUGCACGCUGUUCCUCACCGACGGGGAAGCAAAGACGUAUGUGGGCGAGGAGAUUGUUGAGAGCCAGCAAUCCAAGGAUGGCACCAUCAAGUUGAAGGGCUUGUCGGAUCAACAGGCGCUCAUUUGCAUUGCGCACAUCAAGGAGGAAGUGCCGGACUGUGUGAGAGAGUGGGUUUGCUUGCCGGAGGCGAACACGGAGCAGCCUGCAAGGUUUGGAAGGCUGGAUGGCGCGCUGAGAGAGGAAGAGGGGAGAUGGAACGAGAUUUGGGGGUUUUGA